AUGCAUGUGCCAAGAAAUAUUCAAGCUUCCGGGCGGUUGAUAUAUCGAGAUCUCUCCAGGCCGGCCCAGGCGCUAAAGUUCGGGGAGUGGGGUUUAUGUAAUCGCGCUGGCUGGCAGCACCCCGCAGUAGCCCGCUUCGUAUCGAUUGAGCUUCACCGACGAUUGAUCAGCCAACCCAGUCAGGGAUCAGGAAUAUACAUCCUCCCCUAUAUCCAACAAAUAAUACAAAAACACCGCCUGAGCUAUCUGAGCCCUUUCAUGGUCGAUCUUCAAGUUCAGCAUUGA